UUUUGAAUUUUCUUCUCCACUGGAAAGGAUGAUUCCUUGAAACUGCUUUCUUUAACUCUCUUCUUGAGCUGUUGACCCAACUCUUUUCAGCUAUUUAAUUCUCUUCUUCUUCUUCACCUUGUGAUCCAUUGAGAGGGAUUUGCAGAGAAAAAUCGACUUCGUGUUUAUCGUUUUCUCUUUUCAAGUUUUUGAUUUGGAUGAUUUUUGUUUCGUUUUUACUCUAAUUGAAACGAAAGAAGCUAAGAUUUUUGUUGGUUUUGGCUGUUUAUUUUUUUUUUUUUUGGGGGGGGGGUGUUUGAGGACCGAUGAAGAGAGGAAAGUUUGAUGCUUUCUUCUCUUUUUGUAGGCAGAGGUCCGUGCAGUUGUUGAUCGCUGUAGGGUUUUUGUAUAUUUUCUUAGUGAGCUUGGAAAUCCCUUUUGUGUUUAAUGGCGGUGUCGGCUCCAUUUCUGCUGAUGGUUUUAAUGGGUUUCUGAACGAAGCGUUGUCUCUGCCUUUCCGACUUGACAGUGAAGAGGAGACGCAGGUGAAAGAAGCACCAAUUCGUCCUUCUAAAGAGUCUUUUAGGGUUUCCCAGAGUAAAUUCCAGCCAUCGCAACCCAGAACAGUCGAGAGACGGGUGCGAGAGCAGAAGACCAUUUCAGGCUUAAUUUUUCAGGAUAGCACAUCUAGUAGCAGCAAAGAUGGGUUUUCUGGGCUUCUGAAGUCCGCUAGGGAUUCAUGGGUAAUAGGGAAGAAGGUCUGGAAAGAGCUGGAAUCGGAGAAUGUACAGUUCGAAGAGGAGAAGAGGAAAAGGGAGAAUCGAUCCGAGUUUUGCCCACAUUCAAUUUCGCUUGCUGGGUCUGAAUUUCAGAGUCGCGGUAAAAUUAUAGUUCUUCCGUGCGGACUGACUCUAGGAUCACAUAUUACUUUGGUGGGGAUACCGCUUCCGGCUCAUGCUGAGUCUGACCCGAAGAUUACCCUCCCUACAGGAGGGAAUGAGCCAGUUAUGGUCUCGCAGUUCAUGGUGGAGUUGCAGGGACUGAAGACGGUUGAUGGGGAAGAGCCUCCAAGGAUUUUGCACUUCAAUCCUAGGUUGAAGGGAGAUUGGAGUGGCAAGCCGGUCAUAGAACAGAAUACUUGCUAUAGGAUGCAGUGGGGUUCAGCGCUUCGGUGCGACGGUUGGAAAUCUAGGGCUGACGAGGAAACUGUUGAUGAACUGGUCAAGUGCGAGAAAUGGAUCCGUGAUGAUGACAACCACUCAGAAGAGUCAAAAACAAUAUGGUGGUUAAACCGGCUGAUUGGCCGAACAAAGAAGGUUACAGUUGAUUGGCCAUACCCAUUUGCUGAGGGCAAGCUGUUCGUACUCACGCUUAGUGCAGGGUUGGAAGGUUAUCAUGUCAAUGUUGAUGGAAGGCAUAUCACGUCUUUCCCUUAUCGCACUGGAUUUGUUCUAGAGGAUGCCACUGGUCUAUCAGUGAAUGGGGAUAUUGAUAUACACUCCAUAUUUGCUGCUUCCUUGCCAACAUCGCAUCCAAGUUUUGCUCCACAGAAGCUACUUGAGAAGUCGAGUAGAUGGCAAGCCCCACCUCUUCCUGAUGGGCCCGUGGAGCUUUUCAUUGGUGUCCUCUCUGCUGGUAACCAUUUUUCUGAGAGAAUGGCCAUUAGGAAAUCCUGGAUGCAGUCAAAACUGAUCAGGUCUUCACAAGUUGUUGCUCGGUUCUUUGUGGCACUGAAUGGAAGAAAAGUGAUAAAUGCAGAGCUAAAGAAAGAAGCUGAGUUCUUUGGUGAUAUUGUUAUAGUUCCUUUUAUGGAUAGCUAUGACCUUGUGGUUAUGAAGACAGUUGCCAUCUGUGAAUAUGGGGUUCGUGUAGUAUCUGCGAAGUAUAUCAUGAAGUGCGAUGAUGAUACAUUUGUCAGGAUAGAUACAGUGCUCAAGGAAGCAAAGAAAGUGCCAAGCAAUAGGAGCCUAUAUGUAGGGAACAUGAAUUACUAUCAUAAGCCCUUGCGUGAGGGUAAAUGGGCAGUGACAUAUGAGGAAUGGCCAGAAGAAGAUUAUCCACCCUAUGCGAAUGGCCCUGGCUACAUUGUGUCUUCUGAUAUUGCACACUUUGUGGUGUCCGAGUUUGAGAAUCACAACCUAAGACUGUUCAAAAUGGAAGACGUGAGUAUGGGAAUGUGGGUAGAACAGUUCAAUAGCUCUUCAAGGCCAGUGGAGUACAUUCACAGCGUGAGGUUCUGCCAGUUUGGGUGUAUUGAUGACUACAUCACGGCGCACUACCAGUCUCCUAGGCAGAUGAUUUGUAUGUGGGACAAAUUGCAACAACAUGGACGACCUCAAUGCUGCAAUAUGAGAUGAUGAUAAUGUUUCUGCAAUUGAUGAUUUCGGUUGUGGAGAUAUAGAUAGGAACAACAGCAGCAAUGGUGACGAUGAUGAUUAGUGACAAAAAGUGGGGAGGUGAGAAACGACAAGCAUGCAGAGCACAGUUUUGCAGUUAUAUAUCAAAAUCUUGUGUAUAUUCCCUUGGAUGUUUGGGGACUUCUUCUCGAGCCCGUUCCAAUUCUUUCAUUAUUUUCUCUCCUACAUAUUCCUCUGUUCUAUCUCAUCUUUUUUUUUCCCCCCUUCCACCCCCCCUCUUUUGUGCUGGGGAUGAUGAUGUGAAGGUGGGUUUUUUUGGGGGGGUGGUUGGUUAUACCUUUGAAAACGUGGUUAAUGCCAGCAGGUUCUGUAAUCUAUACUAAUACACAUUAGCAGAUGGAAAUGAAUAUCGUUUAGAUUAAUGAUUCAAAUGGUUUAUAUUUCA